UGAGAAUGAAGAGGAGCUGACAUGAAUUGUUAUUGUAUAGAGCGCUAGUUUCUUUUAUUUCAUGUUCAUGGCUUUUUCCUCUGCAGAUGUUAACAAAACCAAUAUGGCUUCUAUAUUGCUGUUACUUGGUUUGUUCAUUUCAAGCCUCAAUAUAUCAGCAGGUGCACAAUCUAUUGGUGUCUGUAAUGGGAGAAAUGGCAACAAUCUACCUAGUGAAGCAGAUGCUGUGCAAUUCUUCAAAGACAAUGGCAUUACGAGGAUGAGGAUUUAUGAACCAUACCAGUCAACUCUUCAGGCCCUCAAAGGAUCAAACAUAGAACUCACCAUUGGCAUCCUCAACAAAAACCUUCAAGGCCUGAAUGACCCUGCAGCCGCAACAGAUUGGGUCCAGAAGAACGUCAGAGACUUUCCCGAUGUCAAAUUCCGGUACAUCGCGGUGGGCAAUGAAGUAGACGUCGAAGAUGCAGAAACCCAGUAUCUCCUGCCUGCCAUGCAAAACAUUCAGAGUGCAAUCUCAGCAGCUAACUUACAAGAUCAAAUCAAAGUUUCAACAGCCAUCUAUAGUGGUUUGUUGGAGAACAGUUCCCCUCCAUCAAAUAGUGCAUUCAGAGGAGGUGCAAGUUCAUUCAUGAUUCCGAUUGUGACAUUCCUGGUUAACAAUGGCUCUCCGCUUCUGGCCAAUAUCUAUCCUUAUUUCAGCCGUAAAUACGAGCCAUCUAACAGCCUUGAAUAUGCCCUGUUUACUGCAUCAGGGACUGUGGUGCAUGAUCCAAAUACGAACCUUGACUACCAGAAUCUCUUUGAUGCGUUGGUUGAUUCUGUGUAUGCAGCUCUAGAGAAAGCAGGUGGACCAAACGUGCAGGUUGUGGUAUCGGAGAGUGGUUGGCCAUCAGAUGGUGGUGCUGACGCAACCGUUGCGAAUGCAGGGACUUAUUAUAAGAACUUGAUCGACCAUGUGAAGAAUGGAACUCCAAAGAGAAGUGGAGCUAUUGAAACUUAUCUAUUUGCCAUGUUCGAUGAGAAUGAGAAGCAGGGUGAAGAGGAGGAGAGGCAUUUUGGUCUAUUUACUCGUGAUAAACAGCCCAAAUACCAACUUAAUUUCAAUUAAUUGACAAGCCUUUUAUAUCAUAAAAUGUCGUUUGAAUAAGACUGCCUCGUAGUGCUACAAAUAUAUAUGUGAUUUUUAUAUCAAUUGUGUUAACUUGUAUUCUAAGAAACCUUUAUGUUAGUUUUUGGAUUGCAAUAUUUGAUGCCACGAGCAACAAAAAAGAGAUACUUGCUAUAAAUAAAAAUAAGAAAUUCAAUGUUGGCAUU